AUGGCCUCUCAACCCACAACGCCCCGCGCCACCGCCCUCGCGCUCCUAGAAACAUUCAAGACCCUCGAUUACAACACCCUCAUCUCUCUCAUCCACCCCGACGCCGUGUGGACCAUGCACCCCGCGUCCCUCGGCUUCCCGCCUCAGUCCCGGGACAGCCAAGGCCAGCGCCUCGCCCAUAUGUUCGAGAGUGGGAUUCUGGACUCAUUCCCCGUCAACCCACUGGAGGUUAUCGAGAGUGUGACUAAGGAUGAGAAGAGUGGAAAUGAGAAGGCGUUGGUGACGGUGCAUGCUGAAGGUGAGGUAGUUCUGAGCGAAAAGGUCAAAGGAUUGUUGGAGGGUGAUGAGGAGGGGAAAACGUUGUUGAGGCAAGCUCGGGAAAAUGGCGGGUUGAAGAACGAGUACCUAUUUGUGAUCACUUUCGAAGGGAGCGCGGAGGAUGGUGGAGGUAAGAUUGAGAGGGUGCAGGAGUGGUUGGAUGCGGAGAAGACGAGGGUGUUGAUGGGUGUUCUGAAGACAUCGACGGCGCUGCUUCAGAGCGGAAAAUAA